AUGGACGAGAAUUACAUCUCAGAGUCCUGUUCACCUCUGGAUGACAAUGUGCCGGCAAUGCCAGUUCGGGUGGCCUUAGCGAGCUGCGUGGAGUUCAGUGCAGCCGUGCAUGCACGCUCGCGCCUGCUGUGGAAAUGGCGCCAAAAUUACGGGCGGUUGGUACGAGACCGUGAGGGGUGCCCGGACAGCUGCUAUUUUGAGAAGAGAUCCAUCCACAAGAAGCGGGCGAAGAAAGCCAAGAACCGCCUCGGUAUCCAGAGAAAGAGCAGAAAAGGCAUUCCAUGA